AUGUGGCUGCUGUCAUAUAUCCUCCCCAUCAUAAGACUGUAUUUGGUCGGCGUGAAGGUUCUUCUCUACCAGCUGUUCAACAAAUCCUUCACUCUACCAGUUUUACCCAAACAAAAUGGAAGGGUUGCCAUAGUGACAGGGGGUGCCAGAGGAAUGGGAUAUGAGACUUCCAGACACCUGGCAAGUCUUGGCAUGCAUGUGGUAAUCGCUGGAAAUUGUGAAGAGGAGGGUAUGACCGCUGUGAAGAAGAUCCAAGAGGAGGUCAGCGUAGGAGGAGUGGAAUUCAUGUACUUGGACUUGGCCUCCUUAAAGUCUAUCCAGCAGUUUGUGCAGAGGUUUAAAGACAAACGUUUGCCUCUUCAUGUCCUUGUCAACAAUGCUGGCAUUAUGCUUGUCCCCGAGAGACAGACAGAAGAUGGCUUUGAGCUGCAUUUUGGCUUGAAUUACCUGGGCCACUUCUUACUGACCAACCUGCUCCUGGACCCGCUGAAAAAGUCUGGCCGGCAUGGUGCCUGCUCCCGCGUCGUUGUCAUGUCUUCCGCUACUCACUAUGGGGGUCAGCUUAAUAUGAAGGACCUGCAAGGCAGGUCCUGUUACUGUGCCCACGGUGCAUACUCCCAGAGUAAACUGGCUCUGGUCAUGUUCACCUACCAGCUCCAGGACAUGUUAGUGGCCGGAGGCCACCCGGUGACGGUCAACGCCGUGGACCCCGGUAUGGUGGACACAGCCCUGUAUGAGAACCUGUGCAGUCCAGCCCAGUUGGCCAAGAAACCUGUGGCCAAAAUGCUUUUCAGGACUCCUGCAGAGGGAGCAUCCACUGCCAUCUACGCCGCUGCCUCCUCAGAUCUUGAGGGCGUCGGGGGUUGUUACCUGUACAACGGGCGAAUAGUCGAGUCCUCAGGGAUCUCUUAUGAUGAAAAUCUGCAGGCCAAGCUGUGGAAAGAGAGCUGCAAGCUAGUUGGUUUACCACAGGCCUGAGUCCAACAAAGCCCCAAAGAACCAGAACUUCAGCUCAUCAGCUGGAACCAAGAUUAAGGCCCUUAUCAAACUUUAUCUACAGGUCUCGCUUAUGGUUUAAAGACAGGAGGAGAUGAUAUCUACUGCUCUUCCUGUGAGUGGACGGCUAUUAGAAUGCACCAUGGCAACAAGCGGCUUCUUUGAGGCAUCUUCCUGUUCAUCUCACAUAUUAACUGUAGCCAUGUAUUUGGUCCCAUUAUAAUAUUCCCUCCAUUCACUGUGAGGAGCACCUCCUCUCCCCCCCCUCCCUAAAAACUGGAACAGUCAACUUUGCUGUGAUCAUGAACAAUAAUCUCCUUGAGAACUUUUUUUUUUUUUUGCUUUAUUAAACAUAUUUAGAAUGGACAAAUCCUGAAAGACUGCAAUACAAGUUCUGUCAAAAAAGCCAAAAGCUUUGGAAGUUCGUCUUCUAAAGUCCGUCCACACAGUCUUAAAAAAAAAAAAAAAAGACAAUCAAAAGCCUCAAAUCACCCAGGAGCUAGUAAAGUUCAGCAUCUCUCUCUCUCUCUCUCUCUCUCUCCCCCCCUCUCUCUCUCUGUCUCUUUUUUUUUUUUUUUUGA